AUGGCGCCAUCCAAGCCCGCCGCCGCCCUGCUCCUCGCCUUGGCCGUCCUGCUCGCGGCCGCGCAGCCGUCUUCCGCCAUCAGAGUCAAGCCCGCGUGCGCCCCGAUUGUUAAGCCAUCGCCACCUCCCCCCGCAGCUUCCCCACCGCCGCCGCCGACCCCGGUGAUCAGCAACCCACCCCCAUCUGUCCCGUCUGUCCCAGCUUCCCCGCCGCCACCGAGCCCAGUGAUCAGCAACCCACCGCCAUCCGUCCCUGCUUCACCGCCGCCGCCGAGCCCAGUGAUCAGCAACCCAACCCCAUCCGUCCCUGCUUCUCCACCGCCGGCCACCCCACCACCAGCCCCGGCCUCGCCCGCUACCCCGCCGUCCCAGCCCACGGAGUGCCUGACGCCGUUGAUGGGACUGACGCCAUGCAUGGGCUACCUGACCAACACCAGCGUGGCGACGCCCCCGGCCGCGUGCUGCGGCGCCUUCAAGUCCCUGGUGGACAACGCCCCCAUCUGCCUCUGCCACGGCCUGAACGGCGACAUCAACAAGAUCAUGCCCGCCCCCAUGGACUUCAUGCGCAUGAUGUCCCUCCCGGGAAACUGCGCCGUCCCGCUGCCAAUGCAGACGCUUGCACAGUGCGCCACGGCGCCGGUGCCACCACUGGACCCUCCUACCGCUCCAGCAGCCCCAUCUCCAAAGCCAUGACUGUAGAAGCAAGAUGAUCCAUCGAUAUGAAGUCCGAUCAAGAUGAUGAAUUAGUUGUCAACCACAUACUCCACUAGUUUCGAUAUAGUUAGGGAUAAGAUAUAUUUAUCUUAGGUUAGUGUUUUAUACUAUGUUGUGUGCUGGCGAUUUAGAUCUACAAAGUACCUAUUCUGUAGGAGAAUUCUUUUCUUUUCAUCACUGUAUAUAUGCGGUGAUCAAUAUUAGUCCAUACGU